UUCGCCGCGGCAUGUGGCGGGCUGUAGUGGCGGGGGCUGUUGUCGCUCGCUCUCCUUCUGCUUCCGUGGCUGCGUUCCUUCCAUGUGGGCCCGACGGACGGAGGACCAAGACUUCCUUUAACAAGUGAGGAUGCCUUUGGCAAGCAUAGAUGUGACGUGUCACCUGGAGUCUGACUAACAGCAGCCGGUCAAUCUGGAGAACAACCACCCAGAGAAGUUUGGCUUCAUUCCAGCACAAGCCUUCACGAUGUGGGCAGCUGUUGUGUGUUUCCUGCUGAUGUCCUUGUGUGUGUCUAAAAACGGGAGCUCUGUCUUAAAAGAGAGUGGUGUUCAGAUAACCCAUGUACAUCUGCUCAGCAGUGAAAAGCCUUGUGGACAAGCUUGUAAAGGUCUAAAUGUUUCAGGUCAUCACCACUGCUGGUCAGUGCUGUAUCAAAGUCGCUGUGUCCUCUUGCGCUGCCCUCAGCUGAGUGCAUGUCAGAAUGCCAGCAUGCAGGAUGUUAAAGAACUAAUGGGAGAAUUCAUGAUCCGUAAAAGAAGGGGGCAUGAUGCAAGCCAUCAGACUAAUAAAACAGAUGAACGGGAUAAAGAGCUGGAGAGGACGACUAAUGCACAGCUGGUCCCAGUAACUAUAGAAGUGCCUGUUUCUUCGGAAAUGCAAGUAGGGACAAACGCUGGGCAGACUGCAGGCAGCACCACAGUCACAAUAACAUCCCUUGUGAGAAAGGCGACCACCGCCAUCCCUGGGACCACCGCCAUCCCUCAAAUCGCAGCAGGAACAACAGCCAUAACCAGCUCUAGUAACAGUGUAGCCAUGGUUCCUGGGAACACAACUCUUAGCACCCCAAACAUUACUUCGGUUCCCAGCAUCUCUCCUUAUACCACCACAGCAUUAACUGCCACAGUUUCCCCAUCAAAUGGCAGCACUGUCAACAUUAGCAGUGCAGGGAGUUCCAAAGGGCCACAGGCCAAUGUGUUAAUGCCAGGAGCAGCCGAGAAAACGGGAUCAACAGCACCUCUUGCAAGGACACUUGCAACUUCACCUACAGCAACAAAAUACGUAGUACGUCUCACCUCCCCAGAAGCGGGGGUUGCACAUGACACUCCUGAACCAGCUAGCUCAGCCCCUGUAGGGGGCGGCUUAAAGGUGACGAGCUUGUCAGCAUCUGUGGCCACCCACAGCCCACCAACUUCAGCCAAUACGAGCAUGGCUGUGACGACGACGAUGACGACGACUGUGAUGAUGACAACAAGCUCAACUGUGGCCGCAACAACACCAUUGACUGAAUUCACAACACACAAGGCCAAAUCUACAUCCAGGAAGGCAACUUCUGCUGCCACUACAGAGGGUGCCAAAAUUCACACUACUACACAACAAAUGAAGACUGCUAGUCAACUGGUUAUGGCAAGAACUCCUAUAGAUCACUUGCCAGGGUUUGCAACAACAUCGCCAAAAUCAGUGACUGUAAAAGAAGACAAGGAUCAGCAGGAAAUGGGCAGCGAGAAUAGUUUUCAGCAGCAAGAUGCCAGUUUGCUCUUAGCGGCACUUCUCUUUGGAAUCCUAUUUUUCAUAACGAUUGUAGUCUUGUUUGCCAUACAGGCCUAUGAGAGCUACAGGAAGAAGGACUACACCCAAGUAGACUACCUGAUCAACGGGAUGUAUGCAGAUUCUGAGAUGUGAAAGCAAGAAGAACAAGAGGAAGCUUAAUAUGUACAGCUAUUACUGAGGGAAGUCAAAAGCCUCCAGUAACUUGUCUUUCACUUCCCUGUUCUGCCUAUAAGACCAAUCGAAAGUGCUUCCAAAUUACUUUUGGUGCAAUGUAGGAGAAAUGCCAUGUGUUUCAAAAAUAUUUUUUUAACUCACAAUUACAGGUUACCAUGGAUAUAUUAUUUCUCAAACUGUAGCAUCGCUUCUGUGGUGCACAUUUUGUUUGCCAUUGUGAAGGGUGUUGGUGCUGCAGGCCAACCUUCUCUGAGGACCACGUUCUUUUCUAGGCUUGGUUUCUCAGGCUCAGUUCACGGCCUGCCUCGGUCUUCCCCACCCUGGGGUCCCCCAGAUCUGUUGGACUGCCGCUCCCAGCAGCCCAAUGGAUUCUGGAAGUUGUAAUCCCAACACAUCUGAAAGACUCCUGGUUGGGGAAGGCUGUCCCACCUGUUCCUUUGCACCAAAUGGUAGAAAGUGAUGUUUUUGACUGAAGGGUGGUGGUGGGGUUUUGGCACGUUGGCAUUCCUGACACCUCAAGUCCUGGCUGGGCUCUGUCGGUUGCUGGCUGACCAAGGACUGGCAGCAUUUGUGCAAGUGACGCAUCUCUAAAGAGGGCUAAGUGCAAAAGCUCCUUUGUAUAGGCUGGGAAUUCUUUGUUAUGGUACUAUUAGCUUCGCUUAUUGUGCUACAGCAGUAAAGCAGCCACUGGGGAAGCUGCUGGCCCAAGAUGCAGUCCAGGAGCAUCCUUGAAGACUCUGGAUGAAAACGCACCUGGGAAUCCCCACUCCCUGUGGGUUGCCAAUGUUUGUAGCAGAGGACUCUUGUUUCAGGGAGCUCCCGCUUGUUAAAACUCUGUUUACUGGACUCUGUGAAUGCUGUGCUGUUUCCUAAUCAUAGCAGCUCUUCCUUGAGGGGCAUCUGCACCUUAUAUGAUUUUAUUUUUGUACAGACUCACUUAAUAAAAGAGGCCUGGGGGGCCAUUUAAAAG